AUGUCCACUCUAUUGCUGUUUUUAUUACUCACCUGUAGACUAGCAGAUGGAUGGUUCUUAGGAAUGAUGGGAGGAGGAUGCCAGAAUAGAUGUCCAACAUACUCUGGAUAUUAUCAGAAUCGAAGUCCUAAUCCGUAUGCACAACAGCCAGCACAAUAUGCUCUUCCACAAACUCCUCCACCAAACCAAUACGCCACAGCUCCAGCAAAUUACGGACAAUCUCCUCAAGCUUAUCCAGUUGCUCCUCAACAUGCUAUUCCAAUGAAUUCGUAUGCAGGAGGACAGUAUGCGGUUGCUCCAUCAUAUCCAACACCUCCACAAUAUCCAGUAGCGUACCCAACACCUCCAGCAUACGUUAGACCUCCACCGCCGACAUACGUCCGACCACCUCCUGUCUAUGUGACGAUUCCACCAACGACUACUACUACAACUACACUUCCACCACCAAAAUGCUUCUUGAAUAAUCAAGGAUUCAAGUGUUGUAACAGACUUUUGGAUCAGUACUUGGAUCAAGUAGUUACCAACAUGCAGAGACCCUCUUGGCAGAGAUGUAACCUUCAAAGAUUUGCCACACAACUACAGGACGAGGCACAAGGACUAUUCAAUCACUCAAUGGAAACUGUUGUUGCCAGUGGUCACAUGGAAAAUCGCGCCCAAUACAGAGGAGAUCUUUACUGCAAAAAGAGAAGCAUGGAUGGAAAGCUGGUGGUACUUUAUGGGUCAGCAGUUCCGUAUGCCUUGGAAAAUGGAGUAACUCGUCCGAUGAACGAAGACGAGCUCCGAAUGGCAAACUAUCCUGCGAAAUACGACGAAAUUGGAACUUAUGAUGGAACGGAAAAUAUUUGGACCUAG